UCUGAUGUUUAGUCCAUCCGGACACCCCCGGCACCGCGGCGCACUUAGUACGGACCCGAUCGGCUGCUCGUUCGAUGACGCUUCGCUCCUAAACGCUUUAUUUUUUGCUCCGGCAUUUUCCCUCACAGCCCUCCCCCUCCCUCCCUCUUCCCUCCCCCUCCCUUCGAUGUAGCUUAUGAUAUUAUAACACGCGUUCUUUUUUUUAUCCUCUUUUUUUUCUUCUUUCAUUUCUUUAUUUAUUUGUCACCCCCCGACCAGCCCUUUCGUAUACAUUCUAAGCCCCGUAUUGUCCUCUCCUCCUCCGCUCUUCUUCUUCUUCUUCCGCCGCCGCCUCUAUCCGCAUUUCCCUGGAUGCGUCUCGGGCGCCGGGUCCCCUCCGGUAACCCAUGUCUCCGCGCGUCCCGCCUCCCUGCGCUCUGGAUAGAUGGUGCAAGUCAAAAUGUCCAAAUCGCCCGUAGACCCGCUGUCUGCUGUGGAGACAGGCUCUCAGUCGCACUACUUUCAGCUGCCCAGGAAGUUGCCCAAACGCAAGAGCCGCUUCAAACGCUCGGAUGGCAGCACAUCUUCUGACACAACGUCCAGCUUCAUCAAACGGCAGGGGUCGGCCGAUUCGUACACCAGUAGGCCGUCGGAUUCAGACCUGUCAGCAGAGGAGGACCGCGAGGCGUAUCGGCGUGAAGCCGAGCGCCAGGCACAACUGCAGCUCGACAGAGCCAAGUCCAAACCCGUGGCGUUUGCAGUAAAGACCAAUGUGAGCUACUGCGGCGCUCUGGAUGAGGACUGUCCCGUCCAAGGAGCUGCAGUCAACUUUGACGCCAAAGACUUCCUGCACAUCAAAGAAAAGUACAACAAUGACUGGUGGAUCGGCCGGCUGGUGAAAGAGGGAGCGGACGUCACCUUCAUCCCCAGCCCCCUGCGCCUGGAGGCCAUGAGGCUCAAGCAGGAGCAGAAGCAAAGGAAAACGGGGGGCAACUCCUCCAGUUUAGGGGACAUGGUGACAGGGAAUCGGAGGACCACACCGCCAUCUGCAGGUGAAUCCAAACAGAAGCAAAAACAGGAGCACGUCCCUCCCUACGACGUGGUGCCCUCCAUGAGGCCGGUGGUCCUCGUGGGACCCUCGCUGAAGGGCUAUGAGGUGACGGACAUGAUGCAGAAGGCUCUUUUUGACUUCCUGAAACACAGAUUCGAGGGAAGAAUCUCAAUCACUCGUGUGACUGCCGACCUGUCCUUAGCCAAGAGAUCCGUCCUCAACAAAAGACCCAUGAUGGAGCGAUCCAACACCCGCUCCAGCCUCGCGGAGGUCCAGAGUGAGAUCGAGAGGAUAUUCGAACUGGCCAAAACCCUGCAGCUGGUCAUUCUGGACGCGGACACCAUCAACCACCCGGCGCAGCUCGCCAAAACCUCCCUCGCGCCCAUCAUCGUCUACGUCAAGGUCUCCUCGCCGAAGGUGCUCCAGAGGCUGGUCAAAUCCAGGGGGAAGUCUCAGAGCAAGCAUCUGAACGUGCAGAUGAUGGCCGCGGACAAACUCUCCCAGUGCCCCCCCGACAUGUUCGACGUCAUCUUGGACGAGAACCAGCUGGAAGACGCCUGUGAGCAUUUGGCCGAAUACCUGGAGAUCUACUGGCGGGCCACUCACCUGCCAGGCAGCGGCCCCCUCAACCCGCUACUGGAGCCCAGUCUGACCCCUCCCUCCGCCACCUCCAGUCUGCAGAACAAGAAUCAGCCUUGUGAGCCGGAGGGCCUGCAGGCCGAGGAGGUAGACGAGGAGGAGGCGGAGGCGGGUGAGGAAGCCCCCUCCCCCCUGGAGCAGGACAGUCUCAUGCCGUCCGACGAGGCCAGCGACUCCCUGUCUCGCGGUCGCAGGGCGAGCCCGUGCCCCAGGGGGGGCGAGGAGGAGGAGGAGGCAGAAGGAGAGGAGGAGGAGGAUGAGUACGCCUCCCCCUGCCACGCUCGCACGUACAGGGACGUGUACCCCCCCCCGCGGGGGCACGCCGGCGGUGCCCACAGCGCCAACGGCCACGAGUCACAGGACAGGCUUCUCCAGCGCGAAGCCCAGCGGGGCCACAACCAGAGGAACAACCGCCAGCGCAGCCGGCCGUGGCCCAGAGACACCUACUGAGGAGCGCCAAGCCCCUCCUCCUCCGGCCUGCAGAAUCAGCACGUUCCAAGAGCAAAACCACUAAGACAAAAAGCCCCUAAAAGAAUCGUCUCGAAAGCCAGAUGUCACGGCUUCAGUCACUCUGUUCCAGACGCACACCUUUGAUUUGUUUUCAUAGGGAGGGGGUGGGGGGGGUUCAGGGGAUGUGGCAUUUCAGGCCACCAGCUGUACGCAAAGUCAAACUUGAGCCGCUUGACCCAGAGGUUCCUCUAUCAUCUCAUUUACUGGCCUUAAAAAGACUUUUAAACUAUCUUUACUACUGCAUGUGUGGGUAUAAUUAAUUUGACUAUUUGCACAUUGACGUCAGAACAGGAAGUGAAUGACCUUAACGGAUACGAUUUAACAGACGAUGUACAUACUGAAUGGGCAUCUGGUUUUUGUUUCAUGGCUACUAUAUUUGUCUGAUUUUGUUAGUAUGGACUUUGACGUUUCAGUGAAAUGUUUCCAGUCACGCAAGUCUCUCACGCACACAGACACAGUGUUCUGGGCAUCUCUCGCCUUUGCACAAUCACUCUCCCAACACCUCUAAGAAGAAGAAAAAAAGAAAAAACGCAGAAUGUAAACACUAGGAAAAAGGAAUGUUUAUCUUUUAAAAAAAGGGUGAAUUAUUUGCCUGACUUGCUUGUUUACACAGAAUCAUUCACGUAUUAUUAAGCACACGCUGCAGCUCCUCUUCAGAGAAUGUAAGCUUGCAUGCCUUUUUGCACCUCCCCCCCCCUUCCCCCAACUGAUCACCCUGUAAUUCGAUUGUAGCACGUUUUUGAUUGUAGCAUCCACAGUUCUACACCGAUCUUACUCCCCUCGUCGCCGAAACAUUGCGUAACCUCCUGCGGUUUGGUUUGGGGUUCUUUUGUAUUCUUAUUUUUAUUUUAAACAAAGCAGAUCCUCAGGUGUAAGUCCUGCACGCUGAGUGCGCUCCACGUAAUGGAGCACUCGUAGCAGCCGUGACGUCAUCGUGGACGAGCAGCGGAGCCGCGUCAUCAAACAAAAGAGGGGAGGGGGUGACAUAUUUAAGAGUCACUGGUUUACCGCUUCCAUGUCUCACAGGUAUCUCCGUCUAGUGUUCUGUAUAUUUUGAAGAGAAAAAAAAAAAAUCAGCAUGAGGAAAAAAAAAAAAAAAAAAAAAAACCUAUGCAAGUGUUGCAUGAAAUCGGAUUGUUUCUUUUAAGUAUUUGAGUCCUGCAUCAAUUCUGAUUCUCCUCGUUGUCUUGUAGUGAUCUUGUCUUUGGGGGCUACUCACUCCUCACACCACGAUUACUUAAAAAGAAUAAAUCUGAAUGCAUCACUUUAUUUUGACGCACUUUUACAAGUCACUCACUUAAUUGCUCCCAAAUCAGGCCUGAUUUAUCGCCUUUAAUUCAAUGGUGUAAAAGAAUGAUUAUUAAAUCCCCGCAUUUCUUUUGUUCACCGAUUAGCUAUUUACUAUAUUUUGGCACAGUACGUUUUCCAAAGCAGACCAAUUUAGGGACUGAAAAGCAGUCGACUUAUUUUCAUUCCACGAAGCGCAAUUUUUACAACAGGUUUUGAGUGAAUUAUUCUGUAUGCAAUACGAAGCCUAACAUUGAAUAACUUUAAACGCCUUAGACCAUCUGGACUUCCUCCUUAUUGUGUCAGCAGAGUAAAUGGAAGAAAAAACAUUGCACUACUUUGUUUUUGGGAUGGUUGCUUUGUAAUGCAAUAACUGCACUAAAUAUAACCGUGUAUCCACCAGACUACCACAGCGUGCUAGCGUGAGCCGACACGCCUCUGCCCUCUACCUAUCAAAAGAGACAGCAAACAUGUAAAAAGUGAGACAUUUCCUGCCUGAUGCUGUAUAGAAUGCUUUCUAUUUGAAAACACAUUUACAAAUGCUAAGUGAAAUACGAUUAAAAAUAAACAUGACAUUUUACGUACUUUUAA